AAAAUGAAUAGUCACGUAUCUCAUACCGCCUAUUCUCGCUAAACAAAAGCCAUGUCCUGCGGAUUUACUAUAAUGUCCUAGUGACCAGUGGACCGAGUGAGCGCUAUGGAGUUUUAUGUCGCAGUGUUGUUGGGCGCCGCGCUCGCACUAACUGCUAAAGGUAUACAAACAAGUAAAAACCAAUGUACUAUAACAGCAUGCGAAGUGUUGGACAUCAUAAACAGGGAACAGCAAACAGAGAGGCCCAGUUCGGGAUGUGCUAACGACAUACAAUGGAGGAAGCUCGACAGAAGAUUACAGGCUAUAGAGCAACCUGUAUGGACGAUAAGCUACGGUCACUCUCGCUGGCGCCAGUGUUCCAAGAGCGUGUGUCGGUGCGACGCUAACCACCGCCUGCUGAAAUGCUGGAGGGCGGGUCUGACGUCGCUCUCUGCUGAUUUGGUCGUCCCCGCCGACCUCUAUACAGUUGAUCUCGGUACAAACAAGCUACGAACCCUUCACAAAAGCACGUUCAAGGGUAUGAAGUCACUGACCGAGCUGGACAUGUUCGACAACCACGUGGAGUUCCUGCCAUCUGGUAUAUUCGAUCCGCUGGUCAACUUGAAAAUUUUACGUCUGCAGCGGAAUUAUUUGGAGGAGAUAGACGGUGAAGCCUUCAGAUUUACUAAGAAAUUGUUCCACGUCGAUCUCUCCAAUAACUACCUUUACACUCUCCCUGAAAGAUUGUUUGUCAACAAUUCUUAUUUGGAGACCAUUGAUAUAUCAAACAAUAGAAUAGUUUAUAUGCCCUCGGACACGUUCGUCGGAUUGAGGUCAUUACUUAUCCUAGACUUAUCCAAGAAUAAGAUCCAGAAAAUCGAAAACGGAACGUUCGUCCUGAAAAAACUUCAGAUUCUGAAACUCUCCGAGAACAAAAUAAGCAAUAUAACAGAAAAUGCCUUCGACAAUUUAGUUUCUCUAGAAACGUUGUUACUAGAUAAAAAUAGCUUGCAGAAUAUACCUGCGUGCCUGUUCCAGAAUUUGUACUGUUUGACAUACUUGGAUAUAUCGAGCAAUCAUCUGACCACGCUAACGGGUCUAGAAUUCCAAAACCUAAUGGAACUGCGCCAUUUGGACAUCAAGGACAAUUAUAUCACCCAGCUGCCCGACGACGUCUUCGUGAAUUGCACCAAUCUGGAAAAGUUGGAUCUGUCCAAAAACAAGUUGAGGUUCUUGAACUAUACUGCCUUUAAUGGUUUAGAAAACUUGACCACUUUGAUACUGUCGGAGAACCAAAUACAUGAAGUGCAUUUCAAGACGUUUAUACUACUGAGGAAUAUAACGACCUUGUACCUGGACAAUAACAUGUUCCCAUCUCUGCCGUCUCGCACCCUGGACUACAUGCCGAAGCUGGCCAACGUCAAGCUCUCCAACAACCCCUGGCAUUGCGACUGUCACGCGCUGUACAUUUCCGCAUGGGUCCGUCUAAACGAAAUGAAGAUAUGGGACUACUCUCCAAUGUGCGUGUCGCCGUGGUACCUGGAGGGCCAUUUCCUGAAGAAGCUGAAAUUCCCCGAGCUAUGCACGGGCCAGUGGGCCAGCAUGGUCAAUUUGGCCCCCCGGCUGCCCAUGCAAACCCUUCUCGCUCUAAACGUCAGCGUACAUAGGAACGAGAAGAGCUUCGAACAAAAUGACUCCGACGAUUCUAGCGAGGAUUGGGAAUAGGUCUCUGAAGUUUGAAAAAGUGAUAUCAUAA